AUGGCGACUGAUUUGAAAGAAGCGCAGGAAACAACUGCUCAGCUUGAGUUGGCAGCUGCAGUUGUCCUUGUUAGUGUUUUUUUUCAAAACUAUUUAUUCUUUGAUGGGUCAUUAAAAAAUUUGAUGGUAUUCACUUUCAUAUCGAUAAUUUUUCAAAAUGCGUCCGUUUUGAAGUUCUUCAAAUUGCACAUGGGAUGA